AGGACAUCGAGGGAAUACACGAGCCCCACCAGCUGCCGCACAGAGAAACCUCAUGGCAGCCACUUCCUGCAUGACUGCCCGUCUGGGCGCAAAGGCUCCCCAGCAUGAGUUGUCCUUCAAGAGCUCCGUGAAGCCUCUUCGCGCUGCUCCAGUGGCUCGCAAGGCCGUCCAGGUGGCCCGUGCAGCGUCUUGCUCUGCUCAGGAGCAGGCACCCGUCCAGGUCGGCAAGGUUGUCGCUGCCGCUGCGCUCGCUGCUGCACUGGCUUUUGGCUCCGUGGACGCUGCCAAGGCUGACAUUUCGGGGCUCACCCCCUGCAGCGAGAGCAAGGGCUUCGCCAAGCGCCAAAAGAACGAGAUCAAGGCCCUGACCAAGCGCCUCAAGCAGUACGAGGAGGGCAGCGCACCCUCUCUGGCCCUGAAGGCGACCAUCGAGCGCACAGAGAAGAGGUUUGCAAACUACGGCAACGCUGGCCUGCUGUGCGGCACAGACGGCCUGCCCCACCUCAUCUCUGACCCCGGCCUCGCCCUCCGCUUCGGCCACGCCGGCGAGACCCUGAUCCCCACCGUGGGCUUCCUGUACAUUGCUGGCUGGAUCGGCACAGCCGGCCGGGACUACUUGAUCGCCUCCAAGGGCGAGGCUAAGCCCAGGGAGAAGGAGUACAUCAUCGACGUCCCCCUCGCCCUCAAGAUUUCAGCCCAGGGUGCUGGCUGGCCCUUCAGGGUGAUUCGCGAGCUGCAGAAGGGCACUUUGCUAGAGAAGGACUCCAACAUCACUGUCUCCCCCCGCUAAGCAGCCAACAGCAGCAGCAAGCCGCUGACAGAGCAGCUCAAAGCUUGGAUGUGGCGUGCAUGGAAGGUGCAGCGACCGGAAGUGUUGGGAAAUGUAGAGCAUUGUCAGGAGAGGGCGAAAGUUGUAGAACCGAGAAGAAAUCCUUUUGGGACCAGUCAGGCUUGUUUGCCAGAUUUUGCAGUCUGUCCAAGCCGUAUGUGGCAUGAGCUGCACUCUCUGUUGUCCAGAAAAUCGGUAUAGCAAUUCACGCACUGAUUUGUGCACAUCCUGCUCGCAUUCAGGCAGAGAGAAAUUGUAAUUGACCAAUUUUGGG